UCUAAGGCCCCGCCCCUUCCGCCGCCCGAGCCCGGAGCGUGCACGCAUAGAGACGCCUUGCGAGGGCGAGCGCGUCCUGGAGCCCGCGGGCCGAGGAUCGCAGCGGACAACGAGGCCCGCGCUUGCGGCCGAGAAUUUCAGAAUGAGAAGUCAUUGCCUUACUACGUUACGUGACUGCGUUAGGUCGCGGAAACUCAUCCAUCUAGAGAUUAUUCAUUGCAGGAAUCCAGGAUUGGUCCAACUACCCUUCGUCAAUUGAUACCUGGCGAGAUUCCCUGUGGAACAUAAAAAAUGGAUUCCUUGGACCAUAUGCUGACGGACCCCCUGGAACUGGGUCCGUGUGGAGACGGCCAUGGCGCACGGAUUAUGGAGGACUGCCUCCUGGGGGACACCAGGGUUAGUCUGCCGGAGGACCUUCUGGAGGAUCCCGAGAUAUUCUUCGAGGUGGUCAGCCUCUCUACGUGGCAGGAGGUGUUGAGUGACUCGCAGCGCGCGCACCUCCAGCAGUUCCUGCCCCACGUCCCUGAGGACAGCGCUGAGCAGCAGAACCAGCUGCUCCUGGCCCUGUUCAGGGGCGAGAACUUCCGCUUCGGGAACCCUCUGCACAUCGCCCAGAAGCUCUUCCGAGAUGGACACUUCAACCCUGAGGUGGUCAAGUAUCGGCAGCUAUGCUUCAAGUCGCAGUACAAGCGGUACCUCAGCUCCCAGCAGCAGUACUUCCACCGGCUGCUGAAGCAGAUUCUGGCUUCCCGGAGUGACCUCCUGGAAAUGGCCCGUCGGAGCGGCCCGGCCCUUUCCUUCCGGCAGAAGCGCCCUUCCCCGUCCCGCACCCCCGAGGAGCGGGAGUGGCGCACCCAGCAGCGCUACCUGAAGGUCUUGAGGGAAGUGAAGGAGGAGUGUGGUGACACGGCCCUGUCGUCCGAUGAAGAGGCCACGUGGGAUUUACGAGAAACAUUUUCUUUUGAAGAUCUCAGCUCAUGGCUCCCGAGCUCCCCAGCGCGCUCUCCUAGCCCCGCGGUGCCCCUGCGGGUGGUGCCCACGCUUUCCACCACAGACAUGAAAACUGCAGAUAAGAUAGAACUGGGGGACAGUGACCUGAAGAUCAUGCUAAAGAAGCACCAUGAGAAGCGGAAACAUCAGCCGGAUCACCCGGACCUUUUGACAGGGGACCUGACUCUCAAUGACAUCAUGACUCGUGUCAACGCUGGCAGGAAAGGCUCUCUAGCAGCCCUAUAUGACUUGGCUGUCCUUAAAAAAAAGGUUAAGGAAAAAGAGGAGCGGAAGAAGAAGAAAAUAAAAGUGAUCAAAUCAGAAGCAGAGGACUUGGCUGAGCCCUUAAGCGGGACUGAAGGGAUCCCACCCCUCUCACAGGCUCCGUCUCCGCUGGCAGUGCCUGCCAUCAAGGAGGAGCCUCUGGAAGACCUCAAGCCUUGCCUGGGAAUCAAUGAAAUCUCUUCCAGCUUCUUCUCUCUCCUCCUCGAGAUCUUGCUGCUGGAGGGGCAGUCUAGCCUUCCUGUGCUGGAGGAGCGGGUUUUGGAUUGGCAGUCCUCUCCGGCCAGCUCCCUCAAUAGCUGGUUCUCUGCAGCCCCCAACUGGGCGGAGCUGGUGCUACCAGCCCUGCAGUAUCUUGCUGGAGAAAGCCGUGCCGUGCCUUCCAGUUUCUCUCCAUUUGUUGAGUUCAAGGAGAAAACCCAGCAGUGGAAAUUGCUUGGCCAGUCCCAAGACAACGAGAAGGAGUUAGCUGCCCUCUUCCAGCUGUGGCUCGAAACCAAAGACCAGGCCCUCUGCAAGCAAGAAAACGAAGACAGCUCAGACGCCACCACGCCUGUUCCCCGGGUAAGAACUGACUAUGUGGUGCGGCCCAGCACCGGGGAGGAGAAACGGGUGUUUCAGGAGCAGGAGCGUUACCGGUACAGCCAGCCCCACAAGGCGUUCACCUUCCGGAUGCACGGCUUCGAGUCUGUGGUGGGGCCCGUGAAGGGCGUGUUUGACAAGGAGACCUCCCUCAACAAGGCUCGGGAGCACUCCCUGCUGCGCUCCGACCGGCCCGCCUACGUCACCAUCCUCUCUCUCGUUCGAGAUGCCGCAGCUCGGCUGCCUAACGGCGAGGGCACGCGGGCAGAGAUCUGCGAGCUGCUCAAGGACUCCCAGUUUCUUGCACCAGAUGUCACCAGCACUCAGGUGAACACAGUGGUGAGCGGGGCCCUGGACCGGCUGCACUAUGAGAAGGACCCAUGUGUGAAGUACGACAUCGGCCGCAAGCUGUGGAUCUACCUGCACCGCGACAGGAGCGAGGAAGAGUUCGAGCGGAUUCACCAGGCGCAAGCAGCGGCUGCGAAAGCCAGAAAAGCCCUUCAGCAGAAGCCCAAGCCCUCCUCUAAGGUGAAGUCCAGUAGCAAGGAGAGUUCCCUGAAGGCCCUCAGCAGCGGCCCCUCUGAGCAGAGCCAGAUGAGCCUCAGUGACUCCAGCAUGCCGCCCACCCCCGUCACCCCUGUGACGCCCACCACGCCAGCCUUGCCCGCCACGCCUAUCUCCCCGCCGCCCGUUCAGGCAGUCAGCAAGAGCGGCCCGACCACCGUCCCAGAACCCGCGAAAUCCAGCUCCGGCGUUCUUCUGGUCUCCUCGCCAACGAUGCCACAGCUGGGAACCAUGCUCUCCCCAGCCGCCAGCCAGACGCCGCCGACUUCCCAGGCCGCUGCCCGCGUCGUGAGCCACUCUGGCUCGGCGGGACUCCCCCAGGUACGGGUGGUGGCCCAGCCUGGCCUUCCUGCUGUUACCCAGCAGUCAGCGGGGCCAGCACAGACACUGCCACCGAUUCCAGCAGGGCCACAGAUCCGCGUGCCAGCCACCGCGACGCAGACCAAAGUCAUGCCCCAGACAGUCAUGGCCACCGUCCCAGUCAAAGCUCAGACUGCAACGGCCACUGUGCAGCGGCCGGGAGCCGGGCAGACGGGCCUCACGGUGACAAGUCUCCCUGCCACCACCAGCCCUGCGAGCAAGCCAGCCACCAGCUCCCCCGGGAGCUCUGCUCCGAGCGCGUCCACAGCCGCCGUCAUCCAGAAUGUGAGCGGGCAGAACAUCAUCAAGCAGGUGGCGAUCACGGGGCAGCUUGGUGUGAAGCCCCAGACAGGCAGCAGCAUCCCACUGACCGCCACUAACUUCCGCAUCCAGGGCAAGGAUGUGUUGCGCCUGCCACCCUCCUCCAUCACCACAGAUGCCAAAGGCCAGACGGUUCUGCGGAUCACACCGGACAUGAUGGCCACGUUGGCCAAGUCCCAGGUGACCACAGUCAAACUGACCCAGGACCUCUUCGGGACAGGAGGCGGCACGGCAGGCAAAGGCAUCUCCGCCACCCUACACGUCACUUCCAACCCCGUCCACGCCACGGACAGCCCUGCCAAGGCCAGUUCCGCCAGUGCCCCCGCGUCCACUCCAACUGGCACCACCGUGGUCAAAGUGACGCCCGACCUCAAGCCGGCGGAGGGCUCGGGGUCAGCUUUUCGCCUGAUGCCCGCCCUCGGUGUGAGUGUGGCCGAGCAGAAGGGCAAAAGCACCGUGGCCUCGUCAGAAGCGAAGCCGGCUGCCACCAUCCGCAUCGUGCAGGGCCUGGGCGUGAUGCCUCCCAAGGCCGGCCAGACCAUCACAGUGGCAGCCCACGCCAAGCCAGGGUCCUCGGUGGCCAGCGGCUCCGGGACUGUUCACACGUCAGCGGUGUCCCUGCCCAGCAUGAACGCUGCCGUGUCCAAGACGGUGGCCGUGGCCUCAGGGGCCGCCAGCACCCCCAUCAGCAUCGCCACGGGAGCCCCCACGGUGCGGCAGGUGCCCGUCAGCACCACGGUGGUUUCCACGUCCCAGGCUGGGAAGCUGCCGACGCGGAUCACAGUCCCGCUCUCUGUGAUCAGCCAGCCUAUGAAGGGCAAGAGUGUGGUCACAGCCCCCAUCAUCAAAGGCAACCUGGGAGCCAACCUCAGUGGGUUGGGCCGCAACAUCAUCCUCACCACCAUGCCAGCGGGCACCAAGCUCAUAGCUGGCAACAAGCCCGUGAGCUUCCUCACUGCCCAGCAGCUGCAGCAGCUCCAGCAGCAGGGCCAGGCCACACAGGUGAGGCCAGGACGCACUGUGGGCCCCACCGGCUUCUCUCCUUGCCUUUGCUGUCUGUGCCCACCUGGCGAGCCUGUUUGCAAGCUGCUGACCAGACGUUCUCUUUGCGAACAGGUGCGCAUCCAGACUGUCCCCGCGUCCCAUCUCCAGCAGGGAACAGCCUCGAAUUCCUCCAAAGCGGUCUCCACUGUUGUUGUGACCACAGCUCCGUCUCCUAAGCAGGCACCCGAACAGCAGUGACUCUGAGAGAAGCUUCCAUCAGAGCCCAGACCUGCUCCGCCCUGCAGGCCGCCAGGAAGGGAGCAGGGAGGCCCCUCCUUCCUCUGAGGCCAGUGGCGGGCUGGCGGCCACAGGGCUGCCCUCUGCUGCCACACCCCACGAGGAGGACACUGAGGAAGGCUCGCUCCAGGUCUGUUCCGUACCAACCCAGGGAGGCUUCUCUCAGAACCGUGUGAGGUCAGUGUGUCACACAAGCCAGGCUCCCCGAGAGCGGGCUUACGGGGGGAGUGCGGACAGCGACUGCGCCGCAUUCUGUACGCGGCUCGUACCUUUCAGCUAGUGGUCUUCUCCGUGACGAGUGGUCUGGAGAGGAGCUUUGUCUCCAGAAAUUUUUAUGUAACUUAUUUUUUUUAAAGAGCCUAUUGUACAUCUUGGUCAAAUAGAAACUUGGGCGUUAGCCCCCUAAACGGAUUCAUUCUUUUGACCAGAAUGUGAGAAUGGCAGGAUUCUAAUAAGUUGGUGGCUGACUGGAUAACUCCGUGGAGAGGCUCUGAGAUGGGAAAGAAACACAAGAAGUGAGAGUGUGUGGGUUCCCUGAAAUGGGACUAGUUGGGCACUACCUCUUAAAGAGGGGGUGUCGGGAUCCUGGCUGUCCCCACCAAGCCUGUUAACACGCCCGGGCCGGUGGGCACGGCGGAUGGAUGCCAGCAGGGACGUUGUUCUUGCAGCACAGACUGCAUUUCAGUUCUGAGACUCUACCUUCUGCUUUGCUCCAGAACAAGAGUCAGCAAGCCACCGCCCUUAGGUUGGCUUCCUGUUUUUGUAAAUAAAGUUUUAUUGGAACACAGCCCAUGCCCAUUUCGUUUGUGUGUUAUCUGUGGCUGCUUUCAGUUCCAGCAGAAGCAGAACUGAAUAGAUGCCACAUGGUCCUCAAGUCUAAAAUACUUUCUGUGUGGUUCUUUAAGUAAGACUUUGCUGACUUCUAUUCCAAAGUAGAGAUGGUGUCCCUACUGGACAGCACCAACCACAAAAAGAUCAGUGCGGGUAAGCAAGUUAUUUAAUCCUGGCUGUUCCCUGCUUCUCAGGCCCACCGAGCUGCAGGCAGAGAGCUGGGCAUGGUGCUUUAAUUAAGGCACUGGGGGUAAGAGUAUGUGCCGCUUCUGUGCUGGAGCAGGGCUUGGGUGGGAAAGCUUUUCUGCAGGGGCAGAGCUUCCCUAACUCUUGGAAGGAUCCAGAUGACUGAAAAGGUAUCUUAAUCUGUCGAAGUCUAGCGAUGAUACUGUAUGGCGUCUGCGUGUGGAAGUGGAUUGGAAGGAGUGGCCUGCUUCAGAGGGAUCAGGCAAGUUGUCGAGGGGCCGACACCUUUCAAUGGCUUGGUGGUGACACAGUGGUUGUACAGACACCUCAUUGGAUUCCUAAGGAAGUUCUGUGAAACAGUUAAGCUGUUCUCACUGGGAGAAAAUGCGCAUCUCAGCUGGAGUUAGAACCAAGAAGUAAGUCCAGUCUUCGGAUUCUAAGUCAGGUGCCCUUUCUGCUGCCUUCCUAAGAAGGGAGCGGCCGUGAUGUGUCAUGGUGAGACUUGGGGGUGAUCCAGAGCUGAGGGUGGAGUCUGGAUGACAGGGCAGAGGUGAAUCGGCCGAGGUGAGAUUGAGCUUUUGAGGGGAGUGGAGGGCUGGGCAGAAAGGGAUGGGAAAUGGCCGGAGGCAGGGACUGCAGUGAGGAGAAACAACUGUUUCACCGAGUAAAGGUGGCUGCACCUGCUGUUUCAUAAUACUUUGGUAUUUGCAUGUCAGUACUCCCUGGAGUCACAUUUCACACGGAAAGUUCAUGUGACAGGCUCUAAGUGAGCAACAGGUAGAAAUUGGAGGAAUCCUGUCUUGGGUGUUGACUGCUGGUUAAACUUCCUCUGAAUUUGUUUAAUAAAUGAUUUCAUAAAAGUCGUUCUGGCCUUCAGCCCCAACCUCACCCCACACUGUUAUUGACUGAAGUCACCUGACCGCUCAUCUCCUUAGUGGCUGCAGACUUUGACAUCCGAGGGGAACAGUGUAGGACAGCCCUGGGAAGUGAGAUGGGUCCUGGCCAGCCUGUCGGUGGAGUACACAGCGGAAACCACCUCUUGGAGUUGUUCAGGUGACGUCACCAGCAUUUGCACCAAACAUGGGUCCUGGAUGCACACCUGGGGCCAUGAGAGAUGUGGUGGCUCCGGGGGUGUUUGGGGGGACAAUUCCAGGAGGACCUGUGGCGGCCUUGAGUCUUUGAGCCUCUGGUGGACAGGAGUUGACAAAGUUAUUCCGACCAUGUGUCUCAGACUGGAUUUGGUGCAUAGCAUUGUGAGGGGUUUGCACUGUAGCCCAGAAUGUUCAUGUUAGCGGUGAUCACUUCUCUGAUGGUGUCCCAGCCAUGCUGGGAAGGAGCAUUAAUUAGAAUAGGCUUGGAUGUUUUAUAGUUGAUCCUCACUCUGGAGAAAAUACCUUUCCCUAAAGCCUGCUGCCUCACCCCCUUUAAUUCAGAAUGGAGAGUGCUGCUUUGAAAGUAAAACCCAGAGUAGGUUCCUUCUUCCCACCUCCAAUCGCUGAGGAAAGGACAUGUUUUACAUUCAUUGCCAAUAACGGGUCCUCUGGUACUUGUUGAAAGGAUGUUGGGUUUUACUGAGCAGGCAAACCCACUGGAUGCUGAAAGGGUACCCAUGGGCUCGCCUCUCAGUACUAAAUCUGAGUUUUCAGGGACCUCAUUCUUCUCCUGAAGCUGUGCCUCCAGCUCUAAGUGCUGGCUGAGCAAGGGAGGUGCUGAGUGCAGAGUUUCUCCCAGAGCCGUCCAGUGCUCCACGGGAAUGACCCGGUGCUGACCUCAAUGCUCCAUGGGAACGACCCCAGUGCUGCCCUGAGUGCUCCACGGGAAUGACCCUGGGCUGACCUCAGUGCUUCAGGUGAAUGACGACCUCGAUGCUCCAUGGGAAUGAUCGCUGCAUUUGUGUGACGUAGCAGAGGAGAAAGGCGAGAGACAGGCUGGCUGGAGUCCUACUGAAAUCUGGUUCUACACCUAGUAACCUUAGACCACUCAACUACGAAGACGGAAUGUAUUUCCAGUAUACCGGUAGGUGGUCGUGAGAAACAAGAUAUAUUUCAGAGUCUGAAAAGUGCCCAACAAUUGAAUGGUACUAUUUGGUCUCUAUGGUAAGAGCUUUCAGAUUCGUCCUAACCCACCUUUAUCCAUUCAUGUUCUUUUCUCUCUGCCUGGAAUGUGCCUUUUCUAUGGGCAAGCUCCUCCCUCCUUUGUGUCACGGUGGUUUCACUUACCAUCAUGGCAUCAGUCACCCCGUAUGAACUGCCUGCAUAGUUCUCCCAUCAGACUGAAUUCCUUGCUGGGCACAUAUUUAGUUAAUCUGUACAACCAUUCCAGUCCUGGUGCAAAGGAGAUGUUUAAUAAGCCCUUGUUGAAGGAAGCUUAAAAAAAAAAAAAGAA